UCCAUUCUUUAAAAGGGUUGUAUUAUUGCCAUUGGAAUCCACAUUUCUUGGUUGUGCAAGGAGGAAAAGGACAAAGAGCUGAUCCUAAUCUACUGAGUGUUUGUGUGACCGUAAAUUUGUGAUGUUUGGUGAUUAAAACAUUACCAGUUUUUGUCAACUCAUCAAGACCAUGUGGAUAUGAAAGCUAAUGAACAGAUCCUUCAAGAAUUCUUCUCCACAGAGCAAACAUUACACCAGUGGAUUCUUGGUGCAUAAUGGCCCUCGAUGAGACAUAAGGAGGAAAAUUAUGUGACGUGAAAAAAAAAUACCCUCUUAAAACCCGAAGUGCAAUGUAAACCAAGUUAAUGUGUUUUUAAUUGGAAAUUAUGCAGUGAUUACUUUUUAAUUUAUUGUGAACAAUGCAAAAAUAAUGAGAGAAGAAGAAAUCGAGACGGCCAUUAAAGUAGUGGUGGUGGGCAAUGGGGCGGUGGGAAAGUCCAGCAUGAUCCAAAGGUACUGCAAAGGGAUCUUCACCAAGGACUACAAGAAGACAAUUGGUGUGGACUUCCUAGAGAGGCAAAUAGAAGUGAAUGGAGAGGAAGUCCGCCUUAUGCUGUGGGAUACUGCAGGACAAGAAGAAUUUGAUGCUAUUACCAAAGCUUACUACAGAGGUGCUCAGGCCUGUGUGCUAGCAUUCUCCACCGUUGACAGAGAUUCAUUUGAAGCCAUUGAAUCAUGGAAGAAGAAGGUUGAAGAUGAAGUUGGGGAGAUAGGAAUGGUAAUAGUCCAGAACAAAAUAGAUCUGAUCGAUGAUGCUGUGGUGGAAUCGGAAGAAGCAGAGGCUCUUGCCCACAGACUCCGCCUUCGAUUUUACAGGACAUCCGUUAAAGACAAUCUCAAUGUGGAUGAAGUGUUUCGGUACCUCACAGAGAAAUACUUGAUGCAAAUCAAUUGUGAGGUAGAAGAGGAGCUGGAUGAUAAACCAAAGAUCUCUAUAGGUAAAGGUUUGUUAGACACUGAAACUAACAAUCAUGUGAAAGACACAACUGAGAAAACUAAAGACAAAGCUAAUGGCAAACUCCUAAAAAAGAAACACAAAAAUCGUGCAAAUGAUGAUCCAGAUACUAUUAGACUAGAGCCGAGCAAACGAAGGACUCGAGGUAAAAAAUCGGUUCUUCAGGUUGCCAAGUGUGUUAUUUUGUAGCACCCAUCAACUAGAAGUUUGUGUAUCUGUAUAAAGUGUGCAUUUCGCCUUGAUAUAGCAUCUUCGUGUGUGAAAGUAUAAACCUAAUCCAACAAGUGAUCCCAUGUCAGGUGAACAAGCUGCUGCUGAUGUAAUUUGGAUUUCUUCUACAAUGUAAAUAAUAUUUUUUUCAUUAGGAAUUUUUAGCUAAUAAAAAUUCAUGAGGAUUGCACUGAUUCAAGAAUAUUUAUAUGUUUAUCGGUACAUGAUUUAUGUAUUUUGAUGAAUGUAAUGAUAACAUAAUUGGGAUAAAAACAUCUGGAAUGAGAGUCCAACACAUAGUUUACAUUCUUCAAUUAUUUUGCAAUGUAUAUUGCAGGCAGUCUUGUUUAUUAGGCUACUAUGAACAAAUACUUUUGUUAUCAUGUCUGUCACAUGAUCAUCAUGUGAUAUCAUGAUUAUGUGUGUGUUUUAAGGAUCAAUGUCUUGUGUGAACAAGAGUUAUACAGAUCCAGUAUAGGUCAAUGCAUUUUUUUCUCACUUGUUAAUAGGGGUUACUUAUGUUAGUUAAUGACAGCUGUAUGUUGAAAUACAUGUAAUGUGAAAAAUAUUGACGAAACAUUUUUCUAAGAAUGGUAUUUAUUCAGUGUUUGAAAAUGACUGUAAAAUUAGCUAGACAUGCAGGGCUGGCUGCUAGCCCUGCCCUGCCAAAGACCUACUAGCCCAAGAACGGGUAUGCCAUUUAAAAAAUUAUUUUUAUUAUAAAUGCAAAACCAUAUUAAUUUUUUUUUUUGCUUUUGUCUUGUCAUAUAUUUUGUUUUUUGUUUUUGUUUUUUUUUUUUGCUUCAUUGUCCCCUACAGGCAACCCUGAGAAGUUGUGUAACAUAUGUUAACACAAACAAUCAUUUUGUGACUUGGACUUAGUCACCAUAACUUUGAUCCCCAUUAUAAAGAUUUAAGAGUUCAGUCCCCCUUGGAUUGUUAAACUUUGCCUAUGGUAUGAUUGGUCAAAUUAAUUAAAAUUUUCAUACUGUGAAGUCAGUAAUUUUUGUGGGGGUUAAUUUUCAUUGUUUUUGUGAUAUGAAGAGAUCCAUGAAAUCUUGUCUACCACGAUUUCUUAAAGUUAUAGCAACUCAGCAUUUCUUCAACCACAAAAUCAAAUCCCCAUAAGCCCAAAUUUCCUCCUCAAACCUUCAAACUUUCUAUGAAUAUAAUGGGGUAUGUGAUUUUAUGGUAGGCAGAGAUUUAUACACGUCCAGUUGAGCAUCAAUACAAACAAAUUUGUUCACAUGGAUAGGACAGUGCAGGGUUAUUUCAAACACUGAUUUAUUGUGAAAUAAGAAAUUUUGGUUGUACUUAUGGUUGUGAAAUGAUUAUAUUAUCUCCCUUGAUUUUUUGAUGCAGUUACAUAUACAUACAAGCAAUGUGCAUUUUCUAAGUUUAUAUUUCCUUACACAUGUUUAAUCAUUACCCAACCCCCAGCCCCUACACUUUGUUAAACUGAUUUGUGAAGUGUCUUUAUUGAAAGACAAUUUUUUCAGUAUUUUACAGACUAUAUGUUUACAAAUGCAAAACCUGUCCAAUUUAUUUCUUGGUGUAUGCAGACUUGUUAUUCCCAUUCACAUUGAAAAAAUUUGAUAAAGAAAGUUUCUAAGUAACACUAUAUUCUCAGAAGUGAUUUGUAUAACCAAUAUAUAAAAAGAAAACAGAACAAUGGCUCUAUCUAAAAAAAUUAAAUACAAUUAAAAAUUUUGAAUGGUAUUUUUUAAAAUGAAAAUUUGGCAAGAACAAGCUCAAUUUAUGCUGCAGAUAUCAGUGUACAUUUGUAUUUGCUAAACAUGAUUCUUCUUUGUGAAAGAAAACAUAAAAAUUCAUUAACUCUGUUUUCAUGCAUUCAUCUACAGGACAUUUUAUUACAGAAUACAUGCCUAGUACAAUGUACAUGUAUUGUGCUAAACUAGCAAGAAGGGUACAUCUUUAAAUAUGGAAUUGCUAAUUUCACAUUUUCCUAGAGAAUUCUUUUCAGGAAACACUGGUUCUUGUAUUUACACUGAAUAAAUAGCACAUUAUGCCAGCAGAAGCAGCACUGAAUUAACAGUUUUUACUGAUUUUGAUAUCAUUAUGAGCAAAAUUUAUGGUCUGGAACAAAAAAAAACAAAACAAAAAAACUGUACGGCCCUUUGUAGUAACGCUGUUCUUAAAAGGAAUCCAGUUGUCAUAAAAAAAACCUGUUAAUAACUAAUUAUUUUCAUGCAGGAGUCUGAAUUCCAUGUAGUAAAUCUUAACAAACCAUUGUUAGAAAACCAUAUUCCUGGCAACAAUGUAGUGCUAUAUUUAAACAAAACAUUGCCAGGAGCUUUAAGGGGUGGAGGCACUGAGGGGAAUGCAUGAUUUAAAUUAUUUAUAGCUGGUCCCUUGAGUGAUUGUUUAUACAUCCUGUUUAUUGCCAGGAUAGUGUUCAAAUAUUUGUUUUUGUUUUUUUCUUUUUUAAGAAUUUUAUUUUCUGAUCCAAUAAAACCAUAUUUAACAGCUUGCAAAAGAUAUGAAGUAUAUACAUAUUGUUUAUUUAUUUUUAUUUAUUUAUAUUCAACACAUAAAUUUUCUGAAUUUAGUAAUGAAUAAUCCAUACUGAUUUGUGAUGUAAGGUACAUAUACCCAUAUGUGUACUUGAUAUGUGCUUUUGAAUUGUUUUGCUUUUUAAAAUUGCAUUUACAUUAACUUACAUAAUUUCAUACAAAAGGGAGACUGCUUUAUUUACAUGAAUCAGAUAGAGUUUGAGAUGUACUGAAUUUUCUCUGAUUUAAUAAUUCAAGAUUUUUUACUGCAUGUUUUAAUGCUUCAUAUCAUUCAUGAUGAUAUAUCUCAUGAAUUUGUCCAACUUUAUACCAAGUAAAUGACCACAAAUGUGAUCCAAAUAAAAUCACAGGUAUAUAUUAUAACUAGCAUUAUAAAAAUAAAAUUGGUAAUGAGUAUGA